AAAUAUUACUUUUUGUUUCCAUGUUUAAUAUAAACAUAUUCAUUGAAUUUACUUUAAAAUAUACUUAAAAUUUUUUAACAAAUAUGCCAUUCAAUUCUAUAUCUAACAUUCAUAAUCGCGAGGACAAAGUAUCUAAAAAGAAGGCAAUAACAAAUAUAAUAACUAGUACCCAGAAGAAAAAAGAAAGUUCAAGUGGACAAAAUUGUUUAUUUGGUAGCUCUACAGUUGCUGACGAAUUGGGAGAUACUCUUGAUAAUAUUACUACCCAAGCGAUAUUCUUUGAUAAGAUAGAAGAGACUCCAGUAAAAAAAAAUAACGAAGGGCAACUUAAUAUUAACUUUGUUACGCCAAAAGCUAAGUCAGCUAAUAAUUCAAAUUUGAUUAAUGCUGUGGAAAGCUCCUUACCUUCUCAAUUUUUUGAUGACUCCCAUGUAAUGGGGCAAAUAGAAAAUGCACUAGAUUCCAUAAAUCCAUCUUCAUCUAAUAAUGGUUCAUAUGGUAAACGUAAAAUUGAAGAUGAUGAUAUUAUGGAUCAGGAAACAUUUAAAAUUCCCAAACUAGCAGAGUCUUCAACAUCAAAUAAGGACUCUAUCUUAAAAAAAUAUAAUAGGACAUUAUCAGAAUUACUGAACCAAAGUGAUAUGGAUGUAAUUUUUGAUGAAAUAGAGAAUUCAAUCUGCCAUAUGGGAAGUUCUCAAGGGAAAAUAAGUUCAACACAUGAAAAUGUAUUGGAAAUGCUCUGUGAAAGUGAAAAUCAACUUCAAGACAAUGAAGAGGAAAAUAAAAGUCUUCUCGAUAUUUCGAGUUCAAACAUGAGUUUCAGCAGCAUCUUUAAAACCAAGCUGUUAGCUAAUGCUUCAAAAAGUGUAACCUUACAGAAAGCUGAAACAUCCAAUCUCUCUUUUGUUGAAGAAGUUGCACAAUUUCAAGAAUUAGGCCCUUUUUACGGAUUACCAACAAAAGUGAAAGAUCUAAUCAAACUUUACAAAGGAAUAGAUGAUCUUUAUGAUUGGCAAGAUGAGUGUUUGAACCUUCCAGCAAUUCAUAAAAAAAAGAAUUUAAUUUAUGCUUUACCCACAAGUGGGGGUAAGACUUUGGUUGCUGAAAUUCUCAUUCUGAGAGAAUUGCUUUGUUUCAAGAAGAAUGCAAUUUUCAUUUUGCCUUUUGUAGCAAUUGUGCAGGAAAAGGUUUGGACAUUAUCCCCUUUUGCUGUAGCAUUAGAUUUCUUGGUUGAAGAAUAUGCAGGCAGUAAGGGUGUUUAUCCUCCUAGGAAGAGAAGGAGAAAAAAUUCUGUAUUUAUAGCGACAAUAGAAAAAGCUCUUGGAUUGAUCAAUAGUCUUAUAGAGACAGGUCGUUUGAAUGAGAUCGGAUUAAUAGUUGUAGAUGAAUUGCAUUUGUUAGGUGAACCAGGUAGAGGUCCAACAUUAGAAGCUCUUUUGACAAAAUUAGCUAUUGUUGAAGCAAAAGUACAGAUAGUUGGAAUGAGUGCUACCAUUGGUAACCUGAGUGAUAUAUGCACUUUUUUGAGAGCCGAAGCUUACACAAAAAAUUUCAGACCAGUAGAACUCACAGAGUAUGUUAAAUGUGACUCAGAAAUCGCUAAAAUCAAUCUAGAGGCUGAUGAAGACAAUUUUCUAAGUGUUGAGCGAAAAGUCGAUUUCAAAUAUGCACCAGCAAUUAAAGCCCUCGAUCCUGACCAACUUGGUGGAUUAGUCAUGGAAGUCGUACCAAAAGGUUCUUGUUUGAUUUUUUGUGCAUCCAAAAAAAAUUGCGAGAAUGUCGCUAAAUUGCUGUCAAGAAUAUUGUUUAAGACAUUGAAAACUCACAAAUCCGUGGAAAAAGAAAUGUUAAUAAAUGCACUGAAAGCAGAAACUGGAACUUUAUGUGAAACACUGAAAUUUUCGAUUCCGUAUGGUAUUGCAUAUCACCAUUCAGGUUUAACAACUGAAGAAAGACGUUGUAUUGAAGAUGGGUUUAGAUCAGGUGUAAUAUCCGUCAUUUGCUGCACUUCAACUUUAGCAGCUGGUGUUAAUUUACCAGCAAAAAGGGUUAUUCUACGAUCUCCAUACAUUGGAAGAGAUUUCAUGAACCUCUCUCGGUAUAAACAAAUGAUAGGGAGAGCUGGUAGAGCAGGAUUGGGAGAAAAAGGAGAUAGUAUAUUGAUAUGUGCAAGCAGAGAUCUCCCUAGGGUUAUAAACUUGUUGAAAUCUCCUAUGGAUAAGUCGAUGUCGUCAAUACAUGAAAAUGAAGGUAAAGGUUUGAGACAUUUACUGCUCAGUUGUAUAGCUCUAGGAAUUGCAAAUACAAGAUCAGAACUUCAAGCUGUUACAAAAAAAACUUUAUGGGCAGUGCAAAACGCAAACCUGCUAGAACAAAAAAAACUUACGGAUAAAAUUAUCAAAGAUCUUUUUAUCCUAGGCGCCUUACAAACUACAAAUCCUACUCUAAAUAUGCAAAGAGUGGCAUCGGAUGUAUCUUUGAAACUUGAAACUACAAUGAAUAGCGAGGAAAAUAUUGAAAGUCAAGAUUUAAACAGGGGUAAAAAGAAACACCUACUCAUUCAAAAAAACACAAAGUUGGUCAUUAGCAAAUUGGGAAUAGCUGCAAUCAAAGGUGGUCUAGAAUUGUCGAGGGCACAUAUUUUGUAUGAAGACUUGGUCCAAGCACAAUACAGUCUCGUUUUGUUAGAUGUUCUACAUUUAUUGUAUUUAGUAACACCAUAUGACCUAAGCGAACAGAUAAGACCAGAUAUGAGCUCGUACUUCACAAUGUUUCAACAGCUACCUCCGAAAGAAUUGCACACUGCUAAGGUUUUAGGGAUAACAGAGUCAGUGGCUGUUAAAAUGAUGUCGAAUCAACCAAUAAAGACUGUUUCCGAACGUGUUUUAAAUAGAUUUUAUCUGACGUUGAUGUUAUACGAUCUUUGGAAUGAAAUGCCUAUCUUCGAUGCUGCAGAAAAGUAUGGGGUUGACAGGGGAUUAGUUCAAAAUCUGAUGCAGUCGUCUGCUUCUUUCUCAAGCAACGUUGUGAGUUUCUGUCAAGAGCUUGAGGAAUUCUGGCCUUUUGCUCAUCUUUUAAAGGGAAUGAGUAUGAGAUUAUCUCAUUGUUGCACAAGAGAACUGAUGCCCCUAAUGGAAUUGCCAGCUGUGAAACAGAGCCGCGCCAAACAACUGUUCAAUGCUGGAUAUAAAACCUUACAUUCUAUAGCCAAAGCGAACGUUGAGGAUUUAAUUAGAGACAUUGAAUAUUUGAAUAGAACAGUUGCCGUGCAAUUGAUUUCUGCUGCAAAGAUGCUGCUCUUAGAAAAAGUGGAAAACUUAAGAGAAGAAGCUGAGGAUGUUCUGAAUGGAGUAAGUGAUGGUUAUCAGAACAAUCAAUUCCCUUUGAGUAUUCCUCGAUAAUCUUGUUUUAUUUGUUAAUAUUUGUUUAAUUUAUUGAUAUGGUGAAUAUGAAGAUAUAAUUUAUUGUCUGGUAUGUUACCACUUAACUUGUAUAUUCAAUACUGUAAAUUUUGUACUAAAAACGUUUCAAAUAAAUUUAAUUGCUCUAAUA